AUGGACUCCUACUCCUUCGCUACCUCCGAUGCGCUCGAUCAUCCCGUGAGCAUCAGAAUAAUCGGACUAGAAGGCGACGAGCCACCCUUCCGACAGUCGACGCUUCUCGAAAAUCCAGCCCUCCGUCAUGUCGGUUCUAACAUCAGUCCGCAUUCCGACCUAUACGUGACGGUACAAGUUUGGGCCGGCUCUAAGCCACUUACUGUGCCUGUACAAACCGCAUACAAGCCGUUCCGUACGGAGAGAAGGUGGAACGAAUGGCUCACCCUCCCCAUAACCUACGCCAACCUACCCUCAACUCGCGCCUUGCAAAAGGCCGAUGGCAAUGAUAACUCGACCACACCCGCAUCCGACUCCAAGAAACGGGGCACGGCACGCAAGGGCGACUUGACGCCGGUAGACAAGGAUGCUCAGGAGCAGGAGCGCAUGGAAAAGCUAUUUAAGAAGCACGAGAUGGGAGAGAUACCGAGAGUGGACUGGUUAGACCAGCUCGUGUUUCGUGGCUUCGAGAAGAAAACGGCCAAGGCCUCCAUCAGGGCCAUGGAGCGCCAGCGCAUAGGCAGCAGCAACGAGCUCAAUGUGAACGCCAAGGCGCUCGCAACCGGAGAUCCCAGCACCCUCGCCGAACUAGACAAGCGCCCCUCUAAGUUCAUGCUCAAUAUCGAGCUCCCUCGGUUCGACUUCCCGGUUGUCUUUGCCGACCGAGAGUACCCCCGCCAGCCAUCUCCACCCUCCAACAUCUCUCAAUAUCCCAUUGGCGAGUCAUCCUCUCCCGGUUCCAGCAACCGCCUAGUGCGGAUAUACGAUCCAGAAGUCGGCGCGCGAGAUAACCCAGCGGACGCGAAACACCGAAGACUGUUCCGAAGCGCGCACCGCAACGGAAUCAUGGACAAGGACUUGAAGCCAAACGCCAAAGUGCGCGAUGAGUUGAACCUCAUCAUGUCUUACGGGCCCACCCAUGUCCUUACUCCGGAGGAGAUGGAUCUUGUCUGGAAGUUCCGCUACCACCUUACCCGCGACAAGAGGGCGCUCACCAAGUUCGUCAAGUCGGUCAACUGGCAAGAGGCCACCGAAGCCAAGCAAGCAGCCCAACUGCUCAACAGAUGGACAGCAAUCGAUGUGGACGACGCCCUCGAACUAUUUGGCCCGUCGUUUGACAGCCCCAUAGUGAGAACGUACGCAGUUGAGAGAUUGCGCAAAGCCAACGACCACGAUCUGUUGCUUUAUCUUUUGCAGCUUGUCCAAGCGCUCAAGUACGAGCACAUUGUUGCUUCAGAUGAAGAGGGUACGCAAGACUCGUCCCUAGCUCGGUUCCUGAUCUCGCGUGCGGCGGAUAACCCUACCCUGGGGAAUUACUUCCACUGGUACCUCAUGGUAGAGUGCGACGAUAGCAGCCCCGAACAGGACAUGGACUACCGAGGCAUCUACCGCAAGGUUGCCUACGACUUCAUGGUGGAGCUGGUGAAGCGCCCCAACGGGGCUGAUGUCCGGAAAACGCUUCUACGGCAAGCAGAGCUCAUUACCAUCCUCUCCAAAAUUUCGGGGGAUAUCAAGUUGUCGAGCGAGUCGAUACCCAAGAAGAUUGAGCGGGUCAAGCAGUUCCUGCACGACCCAAAGAAUGAGCUUCUCCAUAUCGACCCACCCUUGCCGCUUCCCCUAGACCCAGACGUCAAAGUUAUUGGGGUGAUACCCGAAGAAACCACGGUGUUCAAGUCGUCGCUUUGCCCAAUCAAAGUCACAUUCAAAACCACGCUAGGCAAGCGGUAUCCCAUCAUUUUCAAGACGGGCGACGACCUCCGGCAGGAUCAGCUCGUCAUCCAAAUCAUCACCCUCAUGGACCAGCUGCUGCAGAAGGAAAACCUAGACCUGAGGCUGUCGCCUUACAAGAUAUUGGCAACGAGCACAACGGCCGGUGCCUCGCAGUUCGUUCCCUCUGUGAGCUUCCAAAGCAUUGCUUCCAAGUACAACAAUCCAGCCUUGACCUACCUCAAGCAACACAGUCCGGAUGAUAGGGAGGCGCUUGGUAUCCGAUCCGAGACCCUCGACACGUACGUUAGGUCAUGGUCAUUUUUCCACGCCGACUUUGGCUUUAUUCUCGGGCGCGAUCCGAAACCGUUCGCGCCGGUCAUGAAGCUCACCAAGGAGAUGUAUUGCUUCUUGGCGUAUGCGGCCCUUCGCAAAUCUUCCAACCUAAUUCUAAAUCUCUUCAGUCUCAUGGUUGACGCGAACAUCCCCGACAUCAGACUCGAGCCCGAUAAGGCGGUGAUCAAAGUCAGGGAACGCUUUCAUCUCGAGUUGGGCGAGGAAGACGCCAUCCGUUACCUCGAGAGGGUUAUCGAGGAUUCUCUUGGAGCGAUUGCUCCCGUCGUUAUAGAUAAACUCCACGACGUCAGAUUCCCCGUUAUCAUGUUGGUCCGAAAUUGCCAGCCCACGUAUAUCAUGUUUCCAACCAUCCAGCCACAGCCCGCCCGAAACCUCUUCUCAGCCGUUCUCCGACGCGAAUUUUGGCACCGACUUUUUGCUGUAUUGUUACCACCGCCGCCUCCCGAAGGCGAAGACGAGGAUUCUGAGGGCGAGGAUUCUGAGGGCGAGGAUUCUGAGGGCGAGGAUACUUUUCACGACGCCUUCGACUCGCGCGAGGAGGCGUAUACGGGCGGGGAGCAUCACCAACCAUCCUUUGCCGAACGCCUCUUCAACAUUGAUCCGCCCGAGCGACUCUUGAGCGGCGAGACGUGGCAGGUCAUCGAGGGUCGGGCGCAUUUCCCGCACAGCUACCAGAACGGAGACGGCAAUCAACGGACAGGUGCCGCGCGGGCCUGUGAGAGGGUGUCGAGCGGCAUUAGGAACGUCGGUGGCCAGCUAGAGAAUGAUCACGACUCGGAGGAAGAAACUGAACUUUACUAA